CGUCCUCAUCCUUGGAAAUCAACAACUCAACAACCAAACCCCACCAACUCUUACAGGUUAUAAAUAAAUUAACCCUCCCUUCCCCGUCUCUCUCAUCGUUGCCUCUACUACCUGCUCCUCCUUUUUCAUUUUUCAACUUAAUUAGAGCGUUUGAUUACAUCACAAGAAACAAACGCUACGCCAAACCAUCCAUUCCAUUCAGUUCUCAAAACGCAUUUGGUAACAGACUUGCAUUGUACCAACCCAUAACAAAGAUAUUACACCCCCAUCCAUCCAUCCAUCAACGUUAAUGGCUCCCAUGUUGAGGCUAGUAUUGGCCUUGUUUGUUAUGAGUACUGUGGUUUUGACAUCCUCUGCUCAAACAUGUAGAAGCCAAACGUUCUCUAGCAACAAGGUUUUUUCCACAUGUCGUGAUCUUCCACAGUUGACCUCUUACCUCCACUGGACUUAUGACAAGGCGAGUGGCAAGCUUGACAUAGCAUUCAUACAUGCCGGAAUCACGUCAACAAAUAGGUGGGUUGCUUGGGCCAUCAAUCCCAAAAACGACCUUGGUCGAGCCAUGGUUGGAGCCCAAGCCCUGGUGGCUAUUCCACAAUCAAGUGGAAGCCCAAAAGCCUAUACUUCAUCCAUCGCCAACACCGACACACAGUUGCAAGAGGGAAGUAUCAGUUAUCCAGUCUCGGGCUUAACGGCCACGUAUCAGAAUAACGAGGUAACCAUUUUUGCCACUCUCACCCUUCCAAACGAUACCACUUCCUUCGUCCACGUUUGGCAAGAUGGUCCUCUCUCUGGUGGUACCCCUCAAGAGCAUAGCCAUGAGACUUCCCACCAAAACUCCAAGGAGCUCUUGGACCUUGUUUCUGGUUCCACCCAGGCAAGUGGGAACUCACGUCAAAGAAGAAGAAACACCCAUGGUGUGCUAAAUGCCGUGAGCUGGGGUGUCUUGAUGCCAACGGGUGCCAUAAUCGCGAGGUAUCUGAAGGUGUUCAAAUCCGCAGACCCUGCUUGGUUCUAUCUUCAUGUCACUUGCCAAGCCUCUGCUUACAUAGUUGGGGUUGCUGGAUUUGGUAUGGGUCUCAAACUUGGCAGUGAUUCAGAGGGUGUUGAUUAUGACACUCAUAGGGCACUUGGUAUUGUUCUCUUCUGCUUAGGAACUCUUCAGGUGUUCGCUCUAUUCUUGAGGCUUAACAAAGACCAUAAGUACAGAUUCUACUGGAAUGUGUACCACCACUCUGUCGGAUACGCUACCAUAAUCAUCAGUAUCGUCAACAUUUUUAAGGGGUUCGACGCCUUGGAAAAUUACGUUGGAGAUCGCUACAAUAACUGGAAGCAUGCUUACAUUGGUAUUAUUGGAGCUUUGGGUGGCAUUGCUGUCUUUUUGGAAGCUUACACGUGGAUCAUAGUCUUGAAGAGGCGGCAAUCAGAGAACAAGAUGCCACACGGCAUUCAUGGUGCAAAUGGUGUUAAUGGGUAUGGUUCUAGAACACAGCAGGUGUAGGGAUGGAUUGCCAGAUAGAUUUUGCUUUCUUUUGCUAUUUUCUGCCUCUUACUUCUAUAUAUGUUGAUUUUAUUGUUUGUUUGACUCCAUUGUAUAUUUUCUCGUAUAUGUUGAGGGUAUUUAGGGUACUUCAGCUACUCAGAGUCUCAUUUUUGAGCUAAUUCUUUCAUAGGAUAAUAACUUUUAAGAGGAGUGGUUUAGUUGUUUUCUCCACACUAUUAUUACGGGAUAUACGUUGUAUCGGUUUCUAUUUCUUCAGAUUUGUAUUUAUUAUUAUUU